GUAACUUGAUAGAGCUGUUAUCCAAAAGACUUUCUUGGUGCCACGUCGAGCUCCGUGGGGAACGGCAGGUUUUUAACUUACUGUAAUUUUUGCUGUAACAAACCUGACGCCUGGAACUCUGGGAGAAACACUGCGAGGUCAUCGUGGAACUGUUCACAACUCUGACUGAUCUUCUGCCCAGUAAGAAAGAGGGAAGAUCAAGGAACGCCCCCUUAAAUCGGAAUCCCGACUUCGGAAGUCGGGAGAAUCGCAUACCCCGACUUCGUGAUCCAAGAUGGCUGUCGGGGUAUCAACGGUUCCUGUGAGGACAGCAAAGAAGUAGAGUGAGCAGUCGUGGGGAAAUCAUGAGGCAGCUCAAAGGCAAACCCAAGAAAGAAACGUCCAAGGACAAGAAGGAGCGUAAGCAGGCCAUGCAGGAAGCCCGACAGCAGGUGGCCACUGUAGUACUGCCCACACUGGCCGUAGUGGUGGUACUUAUCGUUGUCUUUGUCUAUGUGGCCACCAGGCCUGGUGCUAUCGAGUAGACUUUCACGUUCUACUGAAAAGACAUGAACUCCCAAGCUGACAGGGGUUUGACAAACUGACAAUGGCUAUACCCAAAGGAUUACCCCAUCGUGUGAUAACCGUUCCUCUGUAGGCCAGUGACUGACCUACCAUUACUCUUAGUGAAAACCUCCUCCAAAGUGUUUUUCUUUGCUUUAAGCAGUAUUCAAGCUGCAGUAACUGAGUGGACAAAUGAUUGCUCCUUGGUGCCUUCAGAUCAAUAUAUAAUAUGACAUGAAUUUAGUCCUGUUCAUUUUAGAGCAGCUGUUGAUGUCUUGAUGCAAUAUCGUGCAUACUCAUGCACAGCUUGCCAAGUUUGACCGGAGGUGUUGUUGAAACAUGUGGAUGGUCUAAAGCAGUUUUCCUGUUGUGAAAAUAUUAAGUCAAUGCAACAUGAGCCUGGUGUACCACUCUUUGGACAGCGCUCACACCUAUCUGCAGGAAUGAUGUGUAAGAAAAGUGUUUAGGGAAAAAGAAGGAUUUACUUUGCUCCUGCCUUGUUUGAACAGCUGAAUGCAGCUCUAAAGUAUCUUGAAUGUAAUUUUAGAAUGUAUAGUCCUCAGUCCAUUAUGUUCAAACACACCUGAAUUCCUCCACUUUCAAUGUGAAUGUUACUUUUACUGGUUCCAUUAAGUUAAAAAAUAAAUAAUAAUUAGUCAUUUAGCUGAUGCUUUUACCAAAAGCGACUUACAAUUGCUAUAUAUGUCAGAGGUCGCACGCCUCUGGAGCAACUAGGGAUGUCUAAGUGUCUUGCUCAGGGACACAUCGGUGGUUGCAGUUAUUAACAACCACACCAUUGAGUCACUCAUGACAUCUGUGCAGAUGUAAUAAGGUGCCUUAACAGAUUUGCAACUGUAAAAUUUCAGUUCAAAUAAAUGAUUUUCUGAAAAUA